AUGUCUGGUCGAGGAGCGUACUACAAGAAUCUCUACGGAGGCAGGGGGUAAAUGCUUUUAAUGCUUUCUUAAUGAAAAACACUUACAAAAGUAGCCCAUUGACCUUUUGUAACUUAAGAGCUGAACGCAAUCAUAACAUUACGUAAUUACGGAAAUAUAAGGAUUUGUAUGGGGGGGAAGUAUGCGAUUCCCAUGGUAAAAUUAAAAAACGUUAUUUACAGUUCUUUCCAAUAAUAUCGCUUACUUUAAGUCCUUUGUUUUCAUAUUUUUCUAAGUAACAACCAUUGGAACUGAAACCUUAUGAAAUGGCUCGAAAUCGUCCCGAAACUAGCUUGUUCCGGGAGUUCAGAUAGUGGGGAACGGAACAGUCUUGAAACCCGAAACCGGUAGAAAACACAAAAAGACGAAAAAAUCAGGAGUAAAGGUAAGCGAUUUUCAUUGCAAAGGACUGAAAAUAACAUUUUAAAUUUUGCCAUGAGAAUCGCAUAUUUCUUACCUCAUUUAAAUCCCUUAUUUUCGUGACUAUAUAAUGCAAUGUCAUGAUUACGUUUUAUACAAAGGUCAAUUGUCUCAGAUCUUGCGCUACCUGUGCAGGCACGUGGCUUCUCUCAGGUUACAUAAUAUUUUGUGUCAUUGCAGACAGACCUUUAUUUCUGGAAACCUUGUUUGUGGCUAUGCUGUGCUUCAUACCUUUCUUGCCUGUACAUCCCACCUUUCAGAAAUUGCAGCAGUAACUAAUUCCAAGAAAUAUAUGGUUUGCUGUCAUCUUACCACCAAACUAUCUCACCACUGAUGAAAUCACCACCAAAAAGUCUACUUGCCACCACAUAAUAAUUCUCUGCAAUAAUUGACACAGUUUACUUGCCUGUCACUUAACCCAUACGUUGUUAAAUUUCAUUGUAAAAUUAAGGUAAAGGAAUUAUCCUUUAGAGACUUGUCCUUUCGAUAAGCAGUAAGAUAUAAUUAUUUCUUGGUAGGGAUAUCCCCAUUAUACUAUAAUAGUACUAUUACACAUAUCUGUGUUGAUUUAUCAGGUGUGUAUAUCCCCUCUUCCAUGGGGUAACUGGAAGGAAUCUAUAUAACUUCUGUUUCAAGGUGCUUUUCUGCACAUUUUUCAGAGGAUCAAGAGGAGGAGGAGGAAGAAGGGGUGGUUAUCAAGAUCGCAACAGCUAUGAAAGACCCAACUCUGGAUGCAAUGGCAGUCAUGGACCAAAUGUUGGGCGUAGAGGAGAUUCUGGAGUAAGCACUAUAGCUUAAAUUAUUAAUAUACCUGCACUUUCAAUAUAAGAAACCUCGUCCCGUUCGUUCAUGACAGGGAAAUCACCUACGACCGAGGCCUUGAUGUAUUAACCUUGCUGUUGUUCAGUUCAGUCAAUACAUCAAAGACAAUCGAGGUUUGAAAUUUCCCUGUAAUGACCGAACGGACGAGGAAGGAAUCUAUAUUAUUUCUGAUGUCUGAUGUCUUAUGUUUAUUAUAUGGCCUUUUUAGCGUUACGUAUAUACUCUUAUUAAAAUGAAUACAAUAAGAAAACAUGUGAAGUAAUUUUCAACAUCCGUGUGCAAAAGGUCAUCCAAGGUUAUGUCCACUGAACCAAAAUGAAUUCGAACCUGGCGAUGCGAUUGAGACCACAAGAAGACAGUUUUUUGACAAUGAGAAAUUUUGGACUUAAGCCUGCGAUCAAUUUAUUAAUACUGGGACCACUAACGAGUCAGUGGAUGUCUUUAAAAAACAUACGACCCCACUGAGUUGUAUAUUUGAACCUGCAAUACAGUCAUGUGACACUAGUCAGCUGAUACUUUUUUCGACAGCGGCCAAUUGACCAUAACAUGAAUGACCCUCUGUCAAGUUAAACACAGAUUUUGAUGCCUAUAGGACACCUAGCUAAUAAUGCGCAGUCAUUUGAAGAAAAUCUUGCCUACUUAGUAGACAUCAGAGCUCGCGCACUAUUGUAGCUAUAUAAUAAAAAAGGUUCAUAGGCAUAAUUAAAAACUUUUCUCAAAUGUUUUCACUUGGAACAUUAGACCUCGACUUCCAAGUGGCAGAUCCAGUCUUCAGGGGGUGAGGGUUGAGAUGCAGAACCCCUUGAUUAAAUUUGCCAUUGUAAUUGGAUUAAAAUUUGUUCAAGUAUUUUUUUUAACACUGAUGAAAGAAAGAAUAAUAUAACCACAGUGAAGAGACGCAUACAAUGUUCAGCCUUUAACGUACAAAUAACACUUGCAUUGCACCUUGCCUUCUAACCAUGAGAUUGCAUGAUUUCACAAGACUAAUUGAAGGAUAUUAUUAUUAACUUGAGUCAAUGCCCCUAUGUCAUUGUAUCGAACUGCCCAGCAAAACGUUUUCCUUUACAAAUGGAAUUUCCUAGUGCUGGCCAUGAAAAAAAACCCUUUUCUAUGAAAAUGCGCACAGAUCCUAGAAAAAAGCAGCUCCUGCAGAUGCUAGGCUUAUUAACACUAUUUUUCAUAAAUACUCCACAGGACCUGGCCUAUCUCCUUUCCACCC